AUGGCCAAGAAUUUCAGUCACGAAGCUACAAUGAGGCUGACAGGCCAGGCCUGGCGCUCUCCCUUAAUUAUCAUUAAUAUACGUUACCAAGCCAUCCUUCGUGUGUGUGUGUAUUACCCAAAUCCAUCGACCGAGUCCCCACGACAUGGAGGUGAUGGCAAGAGACUUGAGAUAAGAGGGCAACUCCCACACUCGCAUUCCCUCCACCAUAUCGUCCUCCUACACUCCUUGCCCUCCUUGGGGAAGACGCACGGGAGAACCGAAAGCAUCAGCGCCGAGACGAAGAACGCUCGUAACGAUGCUAGAGUGUUAUGAGAUAACCUGAGGAAGAGAAGGAAGAUGAAUGAG